AUGGCAGCGGGCAAGUCUUGGUUUAGGCGUGUGCUCUUCCUCCUUCGUGGUGUGAUGGCCAUGGCGAAGGACGUCAUAAAUCUAUUGAGUGUCGGCCGGACAGGGCAUGGCAAGUCGGACACACUCAAUGUCAUGGCCGAUCGGGACAUCUUUGAAGUAGGACAUAACUUCGAUAGCCAGACAGCAACUUCGGCUGUCAAGUCUUUUGAGCAGGAUGGGUAUCGGUUCAACGCUUGCGACACUCCAGGACUGUACGACACAGGGGUGGGUCUCAACGACACCCUCAAAGAGCUGACAAAUGUUGCCUUCCUUCGCCCGGAAGGCUUCCAUGUCGUUCUGCUGCAGCUGGACGACGGCCGGUUCACGCAGGAAUCUGAACUGACCUUGGCUUUCAUCGAGAAGACUGCUGGCUUCGAGGUCUACAAGUACAUGAUUCUCACCAUCAAGAACGGUCAGAAGAUGAGCACGGAACAGUGGGUAGAGAAAGCCCUCAGCGGUCCGAAGAAGCUUGCAGAGCUUGUGAAGAAAGUAGAGAGUCGUGUCGUUCCGAUCGACACCAGCUCACCUGAGCAACGCCAGCGUAGCGGGAAGGCUCUGAGGGCAGAGGUGAUACGUCUGACAAAGGAACACCGCUUCCGCACCUACACCAACGAGCACUUCACGGAAGCUGGGAAGCAUUUGAAGAGCAUCAUGCAGGCCGUCGAUCCGGAAACGAAAGCCAAGCACGAGUGGGAGCAGUGGUGGGCUGCCAUGAAGGUGCGAUUGGAACAGGAGAAGGAGGCUGCAAUCCAGGCUGGAUCCGAUGCUGCCGAGAAGCUGCGAGUGGAGCACGAGUCGAAGAUGGCGGACAUGGAACGCCGUCUGGAAGAGGCGAAGCAGCAGCAACAGGCGUGGGCUGCACGUCACUUCCAGGGAGGUGCUGAGUCUGGUGGUGGGUUCGAUCUUCCUGGCCUCGGCAGUGGUGGUGGGUUCGAUCUUCUUGGCCUCGGCAUUGCAGGAGCGGCCAUGUUUGGUGCAGCAACAGGAUGCCAAAUUUCGUAG